UUCCCACUCUUCUCGACAAUAACCCGGGCUAUCUCUCGCUCACUACGAUCCUGUGUGUCCAGCGGCAUGCUCAGCUGUCAAAAUCCCAUGUGCUUUGUUGUGUUUUGCUCCCGUAAAAUUUAAUUUUAUCAUACGUUUAACGUUAAAAGAUUAAUUAACUAGACAUCAAUUAGCACGAAGAUGGUCAAACAAAAGCGUAAAAUCGCGGCUCAACUUCCAGCCACAAACGGGAACGAUUCGGAAGGAUCCGAUUACGAAGUGGAGUGGCAGGUAAAACCCACUCCGGCGAAACUCACCAAAGCCGAACAGUUUCCGUUGCCGGCCUCGGUGGAGAAGAAAUUGAAAAAAACUCCCGGAAAGCAAAACCGACAAGAUUCGUCCUCGGAGGAGGACGAGAGCGAAGAUGAUGAUGAGGGAAAGCUGGGUGCGAACGGACUGCCCACUCUAACCACCGCCCAGAUCGGGGCCAUCCUAGAAACGGUGAAAAACAACAAGCGAUUCGUGCUGAUGGUGAAAAACCUUAACUUUACCACGGCCAAAGAGGAAAUACAAUCACAUUUUUCGCAAGCUGGAACUGUGAAAGGUGUCCGGAUCCCGAAAUUCCGUUCGUCAGCGUUUGCCUUCGUCGAGAUGGCUGAUCCGGGUGGUUUUCAGAAAGCGUUCCUGCUCGAUAAAUCGGUGUUAGAUGGAAAAAAGAUCAGCGUGAAUCUGUCAGAGAGUGGCAACAAAAAAUCCGUAUCCCGCAUCCAGCUGCUCGAGAAGAAAAACGCCGAGAUCCGCAAGCUACGGAAGAAAAACAAAAAGAGUUCAAAAGCGGCCGAAAUUUCCCUCGCACCAGACACGGUUAGCCUGCCAGCUCGACCCGAACCGCCGAAGGAUAAAUAUCUGGACAAACCGAAACAGAAGUGGCUCACGAAGAAGGAGGUGAAAGUGUUGAAGAGGAAUACGUCGCUGAAAGCGAAAUUUAAAAACCUUUCCCAAAAAGGCGUUAAAGCGUAGAUAGUAACAAAUAAAUUACCGACUGCACUGAACUGGA